GUUAUGUAGUAUUUGAAUAAUGAUUAAGGUCCCAACAAACGUUAAUUACUUUUUUAUUCCCUAAUUGCCAAUUUAGAUACUCGGACAAUCAGAUUAGAUGCGUCGUAGAAAAACAUCGUGUGCGUCCAACUGUAAGUAUUGAAAAUGAUUGUAUUCGUGUAUUUACCAAAAAACUUGACUAAUCUCACAGUGAUUUGGAAGUGAAAAAUGGAAAGUAAUACAAACCGGGAUGCGACUUCUUUUUCUGUCUGUCUUCUUCCAUCAUUCAUAUCAAAUAUAUCUGACCAAUUAAAUUUCUCCAACGAAAAAAUACGAAAGGGAAACAAUUCAAAUUAAAAACCCAAAAAUAGAAAUUACAUAAAAUUUACAGAUAAGCAACUGGGUUGGGGAGAGGAGGGUAAGGGGGGACAGAGAGGAGGAGACAUUUUGGACACAGAGAUUUUCGUCCCUUUGUUUUUUUAAUGUGGAAUUUCUUCUUCUUCAUCUUCAAGAUGGUGUUUUUAUUAAAGCUGGAAAAUUUGGAAUAAGGUUAAAAAAUUUUUUCCUUUUACUUGCGUCAAACAAUUCAAAGGGUGAAAAAAAGAAGAGAUUUUGUCCCUCUUUAGCAGCCUUUCUUCUCUCUCCUGAAGUUGUUGUUGUCAGUUUUAAUAAACUGCUCAGCUCUGUCUCUCUGUUUUAUAGAUGGCCUCUUUCUCUCUGUCCAUCUGUUCUUGAGUUCUUGAAGUUUUGUGCUGAACCCAGAUACCAUAAUUCUGUUUUGAGAGAAAAAAAAAAAUAAAAAGAAAGAAGGAAGAAAAUUUGUAGGGAGAUAAGGAAGAACUGGCUCUGUUGGUCAAGAAAAGUAGUGGGGUUUAAUUGAUUGGAUUCAUUUGAGAAUUCUUAUCAGCAGGACGGGUUUUUCCUCUAUUGGGUUUUUAGUCCUGUGGCUAGAAUCGAUUGAUUUCGAGGUCCUAAGCUGACCCCACUCGGAGCUUAUAAUUUCCCCUUAAAACAUUAAAAAUCAAAUCUUUAUAGGUUCAUCAUACAUAGUACGUAGUUCAAUCAGCUGUUCAUUUUGUUUUGGGUUUUGGUUGUUGAGGCUUUUUCUGGACGCCCAACUUGGAUCCCGAUGGAAACUGAAUUGAGUUUGUGGUUUGAUUGAGGUUUAUCAGCUUUAUUGACAAACUGCUGAAGAUGGCUUCUGGGUUGGAAAUUGAUGAGGAACAUGAAACUAAAGGCAACAUGUGGGUUCUGGAACAGAAACUUGAUCAGCCUAUGGAUGAGGAAGGUGGAAGGUUAAAGAAUAUGCUCCUGGAAAAGGAAAUGGAACUUCUUCUGGGCUCAUUGUGUUCCUGAUACUUUUUGUUGAUGAAACAGAAAUACUCAGCCUUAUUGCUAUUGCGGUUGGCAUUUCAAAGUCUGGGAGUAGUGUAUGGAGACCUGGGAACAUCUCCAUUGUAUGUUUUCUACAAUACUUUUCCAAAGGGAAUCGAUGAUCCAGAGGAAGUUAUUGGCGCACUUUCACUGAUCAUAUACUCCCUUACACUUAUCCCUCUCCUGAAAUAUGUUUUCAUAGUCUGCCGGGCAAAUGACAAUGGUCAAGGUGGAACUUUUGCUCUUUACUCAUUACUCUGUCGACAUGCAAGGAUAAAAACAAUUCCCAAUCAACAUCGUACUGAUGAGGAGCUCACAACGUACAGCCGCAAUACAUUUCAUGAGCACUCAUUUGCUGCAAAAACCAAAAGAUGGUUGGAGGCACGAGUUUUCAGGAAAAAUGCACUUCUCGUGCUAGUGCUUGCUGGAACUUGCAUGGUUGUUGGAGAUGGUAUUCUUACUCCAGCAAUAUCAGGUGAAGAUUAUGUUAUCUUUUGUCCUCGUAACAUUUUUUCAGUCUAUUUCCAAGUUUUAUCUGGGGGGAGUUUCCAUGUGUUGAGAGUGCCACGUGUUUAAGCUGGAUUGAGUUUCCCCCAUGACUCAGAAAAAUCUGUAUUAGAGUUCCUUGGAUGUGAUUCAUUUCUUGAAGUGCUGCCUUGAGUUUGGUUUUAUGUGUCUGACUGAUGUCCGUUGGAGUUCUAUUUGAGUCUCAUUCAUAUCAUCAAGUGCAGGAUAAAGGUACUGAUCAUAAAGAAUAUCAUUGUGGUUUGUUGAGUGAGUCAACUGAGUGUGUUCCUAUGAAAUUUAUCCUAUCUUGUACGGUUUCCUUUUCCGCGAAUAGUUUGACAAGCAUUCUUUCCCGAAAUAUUUAUGAGAAUGUUGACAUCAACGGAUUUGAUCUGAGAUGCAGCCGUGAUGUUAGAAAGUUUCAGAGCCAGUUAGGAACUAUACUUUCCAGAUCAGUUGUGAUAUUGUAUAUUUUGUGUGAUAUUUUGUGUGAUAUUUUGUGUCGUUGACUAAAUAAAAUGCAACUCUUCUGACCAAAAGGAACGAUUUGUCUUCUUUGAUAAGCUUUAGAUGUCUUCAAUAUCAGCGUCUGCCUUUCAACCAAUAAAGGUGGUGAACUGUAUUAAGCACUUCCCCUUCGUAACUGUUCACUGUCUACUGUUUGCUCUUUCAUUCUGAGUUUUGUUGCUGGCUGAGGAGAAUGAAUGUUGUUUUUAUUCUUCUUCUUAGAAACUAUGUGAAUAAGAUCCUCAAGUCUUUUUAGUCCAGUUUAUGCAAGGACGCAUCUUUUCCAGAGUCUGGAAUGUAUAAUUUACCACAAUAUUCUUAACCAGAAUGUGUUUCCCAGUUCUUUCGGCAUCAGGUGGAAUCAGGGUGAACAAUCCGAAGAUGGACACUGGUGUGGUUGUCAUUGUGGCAGUUGUCAUAUUGAUAGGCUUAUUUAGCGUGCAACACUACGGAACAGAUAAGGUCGGUUGGCUAUUUGCUCCAGUGGUGCUACUUUGGUUUUUGUUGAUCGGAGGCAUUGGUAUCUUUAACAUUUGGAAGUAUGAUAGCUCUGUACUGAGAGCUUUCUCCCCUGUGUACAUCUAUCGAUAUUUUAGAAAGCUAAAGAAAGAUGGAUGGAGUUCACUUGGAGGAAUCAUGCUCAGUAUUACAGGUACCGAAGCACUUUUCGCAGAUCUUGCUCAUUUUCCUGUUUCGGCUGUACAGCUGGCUUUUACGGCUAUAGUAUUUCCCUGCCUUCUUUUAGCUUAUUCCGGACAGGCAGCUUACCUAAUGCAAAAUAAAGAGCAUGUUGUUGAUUCAUUUUAUCGUUCUAUUCCAGACAGCAUAUAUUGGCCCACAUUUGUUGUUGCAACUUUAGCUGCCAUUGUUGCUAGUCAAGCUACCAUAUCUGCGACUUUUUCCAUAAUAAAGCAGGCUGUUGCAUUGGGAUGUUUUCCAAGAGUUAAGAUUGUUCAUACGUCGAAGAACUUUCUUGGACAAGUAUAUAUUCCUGACAUGAAUUGGAUCCUCAUGAUCCUUUGCAUUGCUGUCACUGCUGGGUUCAAGAAUCAAAGCCAAAUUGGCAAUGCAUAUGGGACAGCUGUUGUAAUAGUCAUGCUAGCUACCACACUGCUAAUGACACUAAUAAUGUUGUUAGUUUGGCACUGCCCCUGGAUUCUGGUUCUAUUGUUCACGGUCCUAUCUCUGGUAGUUGAGGGUACCUACUUCUCUGCAGUGCUGCUGAAAGUAGAUCAGGGUGGCUGGGUUCCCCUCGUGAUCGCUGCAGUCUUUCUUAUUGUGAUGUAUAUCUGGCAUUACGGUACUCUUAAGCGCUAUGAAUUCGAGAUGCAUAGUAAGGUCUCAAUGGCGUGGCUUCUCGGACUUGGUCCCAGCCUAGGACUUGUACGUGUGCCUGGCAUUGGACUUGUUUACACGGAGCUAGCUAGUGGAGUUCCGCACAUAUUUUCCCAUUUCAUAACAAAUUUGCCUGCUAUACAUUCAGUAGUUGUGCUGGUCUGUGUGAAGUACCUACCAGUCUACACGGUCCCAGAGGAAGAAAGGUUUCUUGUGAAGCGGAUAGGACCCAAAAACUUCCAUAUGUUCCGGUGUGUUGCUAGGUAUGGCUACAAAGACCUUCACAGGAAGGAUGACAAUUUUGAGAAGAAGCUUUUCGACAGCCUAUUUCUGUUUGUCCGGCUUGAGUCGAUGAUGGAAGGGUGUUCGGACUCGGAUGAGUACAGCUUAUAUGGACAGCAGACACAGCACUCAAGAGACUUGUUUCUGAGAGACAAUACCAACAUGUCGUCUUCCAAUGCCGACCUUACCCUAUCAUCGGUCGACUCCAUCGUGCCUGUCAAAUCACCCCCAAACGCAACCACAACAACAUCAUCGGGGCAGGAAAGCAGUCAUACCGAAGGGGACGAGCUAGAGUUCUUGAAUAGUUGUAGAGAUGCCGGGGUGGUGCACAUACUGGGGAACACGGUGGUUAGGGCGAGGAGGGAUUCAAGGUUCCCUAAAAAGAUUGCUAUAGAUUAUAUUUAUGCGUUUCUUAGGAAGAUUUGCAGGGAAAACAGUGUCAUAUUUCAUGUCCCCCAUGAAAGCCUCUUGAAUGUUGGACAGAUAUUUUAUGUAUGAUGAAUAAAAUUUAUCGUUAUGAUUAGUUUUU